CCCCAGUAUUUACGUCAUACAAGUAACACGAUACGUUUUUAUUGUAAAUAUACCUUUUACAUUUGUACUAAAAUUGACCUUUCAAAGAUCAUAAUGAUAAAGCAGUGUGUUUAUAAAUGACGCAGUUUUAAACCAAUUACAGAGGUCACGAAAAACAGGAGUCUUUGACUGUUUAUACUGUAGAGGGCGGGCUUACGGCUACUGGCUUACUACGGCGAGGCACGGUGGCGUUCGUAAAGAGAAGUGGCAAGUUUAUUUAUACGUCUCUAAAUUUAAACCCUUUAAGUCUGUACGAUGAAUAGCAUUGUUAGAUCUACAGUUCGGUGUCUUCGAUCGAGAACAUGGUAUUACGGAGCAGUUCAAAGUAAUGCUGUGCUAAAUUCUGGCUGGGCCCGACUCAUGUGCUCCUCAGCGGUCCAGAAGAACUUAGAGGAGAUGGUGAAAAGGGACAAAGUGGUGGUGUUUAUGAAAGGCACCCCCGCACAGCCUAUGUGCGGUUUUAGCAACGCUGUGGUUCAGAUCCUCAGAAUGCACGGGGUCGGAAUUUAUGCUGCUUACAAUGUGUUGGAGGAUCAGGAUCUCAGACAAGGUAUUAAAACUUUCUCCAACUGGCCGACAAUUCCACAGGUCUUCUUCAAUGGGGAGUUUGUUGGGGGCUGUGACAUUCUUCUUCAAAUGCACCAGAGUGGAGACCUAGUAGAGGAGCUUCAGAAACUUGGCAUCAGAUCAGCUCUUCUGGAUCGAGAAAAAGAGGCCUAAUAGGAGUUUAGGUUGCAUAGAUACCGUGCAUUGACAAUAUAGGGUCAUUGGUGCGAUUCCACACUGAUCUCAAUAAAAUGCUGGGUGACUUUGCCUGUUAAAUAUCAAAACCACUCUGAUAAAACUGAAUGUAAUUAUAUCAAAUCACCCAAACCCUGAGAAAUUGUUGACACAGUACUUGACACUUAAUUAUGCCUACACACAGUGAUUACAUUUCCAUGUCAGCAUAUUUUUUUCCAGAUCCUUAUGUUAGACCACUUCUUAUUUAAGAUGUUGUAUUUUGAAAUAUACUGUUAUAUAUUAAGAUGUGUGAAAUUUUUGGUUGGUCAAUAAAAUAUUUUUAAAACGUAAAGUGUUAGAAGUGAAACU